CACCACCACCACCUUUCCCAGCUUCAUUGAAUGGCUGUUAUGAAGUCCAACAAUGCACUCACCAAAACUUCGCCUUUUAUGCUUUCUCUUUCGACCAACUAACUUGUCUCCGUCUUCCACUUUCUUUGCUCCUCACCUCCAAGAAAGUUAUGGAGAGAGGGACCAAUGUUAGAGGACAUGCAACAAGACCUCUUCUUGACGAAGAAAGAACUGAAAACUUCUGCAAUAGGGAUGACGGUAGUGGCAGUGGCAGCAGUUGCAGUGAUGCUUCCUCCUUCACAAUUGUUCUUGUUUUCAGCGUAGCAGUGGUCUUCUGUGGUUCCUUCACCUUAGGGUGCGCUCUUGGAUAUUCAUCACCUGCCGAGUCCGGAAUCAUGGAUGACCUGGGCCUCUCUAUAGCUGGGUACUCAGUUUUUAGUUCAUUAUUGACACUUGGGGCAACAUUAAGUGGAGUAACAAGCGGGAGGACUACUGACCUUAUUGGUCCAAGAGGUACAAUGUGGUUGUCAGAAAUAUUUUGCUCCAUGGGAUGGCUUGCAAUAGUAUUCGCCAAGGACUAUUGGUGGCUCGACUUGGGAAGAUUGAUAAAUGGAAUUGGAAUUGGGCUUAUAUCUUAUACGGCACCCAUAUACAUUUCAGAAAUCACACCCAAGAAUAUUAGGGGACUAUUUGCAUCAGCCCAUACGUUGGUGAUAUGUUUCGGCUUUUCUACGACAUUCCUCUUGGGAAAUGCUGUCUCUUGGCGCAUAUUGGCUUUGAUUGGAAAUGCUCCAUGUAUAUUACAUAUUAUUGGUGUAUUCUUCAUUCCGGAGUCUCCUAGAUGGCUGGCAAAGACUGGGAGAGAGAAAGAGUUGGAAGUUGCUUUACAGAGGCUCAGGGGAGAGAACACAGACAUUUCUCAAGAGUUAGCUGUAAUCAAAGACUAUACAGAAAUCUGUCAACGACUCUCAGAAGAUAGAAUUCUAGACUUGUUUCAGUGGAAAUAUGCUCAUUCACUUGUAGUUGGGGUUGGGUUGAUGUUGCUGCAACAACUUGCAGGGUCCAUUGCCAUUCCUAGUUAUGCAGGUUCCAUAUUUGAAUCAGCUGAUUUUUCAAGUACAUUCGGGACAACAGCAACUGCUAUUAUCCAGAUUCCAGCAGUUGUUAUUGGUGUACUCUUAGCCGAUAGAUCUGGAAGACGACCACUACUAAUUGUUUCUGCAGCUGGAAUGUGCUUGAGUUGCUUGAUUAUAGGAAUAUCAUUCUUAUUACAGGAUCUUCACAAGUGGAAUGAGCUCACUCCUAUUAUGGUUCUGACUGGCAUGGUGGCAUAUUUGGCAUGGUACUCACUAGGCUUCAGAGGACUACCAUGGGUUAUCAUUUCAGAGAUAUAUCCAGUAAACAUAAAGGGUUCAGCAGGAAGUCUAGUGACUUUCAUUGUCUGGUCCUCUUCUACUAUUGUUGUGUAUGUUUUUAACUUCAUGUUUGAAUGGAACUCAGCAGGAACAUUCUUCAUAUUCUCAGUCUUUAGUGCUGCAACUGUUCUAUUCACCAUAAAACUCGUACCAGAAACCAAGGGGCAAACGCUAGAAGAAAUACAAGCAUCCAUGACCCAGUUUCUGCAGCACUAAAAUAAACUUAUUGUGCUACAUAAGUAUUGGAAUUAAGAAUUUGCUCUGAACAUUAAUUUGUUAAUCUGGUGAUGCGAAGUUGGGUACUUUUGGUCAUCCUAGCAUAAUAAAUAGUUUGUUAUGAAUCUUA